UAGGGUCACAAAGAGUUGGACGUGACUUAGCAAUCGAAUGCCACCACCACCUUCCUCUAGCCUACUGAGGUGUCUCAGUUUCUUUGCGCAAAAUAAGGAACAGAGAAGCACCAUUUCUGCCUUAAGACGCGUGUACAGAGGUGCAGAUAUAGAUGCUCUCAGCGUCUAGAUGGAGCCCUCAGACAUCCCAGAGUCCACCACGUCUUAUGAGUAUGACCCUCAGAGCUUUCUGUGUGAGAAGAGGACCUUCGUCUUCGCCACGGUCAGCACCACCGUCCUCUACUGCCUGGUGUUCUUUCUCAGCAUGGCGGGCAACAGCCUGGUGCUGUGGGUCUUGGUGAAGUACGAGAGCCUGGAGUCCCUCACCAACGUCUUCAUCCUCAACCUGUGCCUCUCAGACCUGGUGUUCUCCUGCUUGCUGCCCGUGUGGAUCUCGGGGUACCACUGGGGCUGGGUGCUGGGAGAUGUCCUGUGCAAGCUCCUCAACAUGGUCUUCUCCAUCAGCCUCUACAGCAGCAUCUCCUUCCUAACCAUCAUGACCAUCCAUCGCUACCUGUCGGUGGUGAGUCCCAUCUCGUCCCUGCGCGUCCACACCCUCCAGCGCCGUGUGCUGGUGACCGCUGCCGUGUGGGCGGCCAGCAUCCUGUCCUCCGUCCCCGACGCCAUCUCCCACAAGGUGUUCCCUUCGGGCUGUGACUAUGCCGAACUCGAGUGGUUCCUCGCCUCCGUCUACCAGCACAACGUCAUCUUCCUGCUGUCCGUGGGGGUCAUCCUGUUCUGCUACGUGGAGAUCCUCAGGACCCUGUUCCGCUCGCGGUCCAAGCGGCGCCACCGGACCGUGAGGCUCAUCUUCACCAUCGUGGCGGCAUACUUCCUCAGCUGGGCUCCCUACAACCUGAUCCUGUUCCUGCAGACACUGUUGAAACUGGGGGUCAUUCAGAGCUGCGAGGUCAGCCAGCAGCUGGAUUACGCCCUGCUCAUCUGCCGCAACAUUGCCUUCUCCCACUGCUGCUUCAACCCAGUGCUCUACGUCUUCGUCGGGGUCAAGUUCCGCAGGCACCUCAAAAGUCUGCUCCGGCGCUUCUGGCUCUGCCGGCAGCAGGCGCCCAGCCUUCCUCCGUCACCUCACCCCCCAGGUGCCUUCACCUACGAGGGCAUCUCCUUCUAUUGAAGGGGAGUUUGGUGGGGCAGGAAGGAGGGAGAGGGCAUGCGGCUGGGAAACGCUACAGCUGCGGCUGAGGGAUGACAGCGGUACGUUACACCAGGGGGUCCUAUGGGCCCCCUCUUCUGUGGAGAAGUUCCCCACCUGGAAAUCUUACAUUGCCAUCCAGAAAAAUGCUGCUUAGAUUCUGAGGAACUCUUUUCUCCUUUAUUCCUUCAUUCAGACACGGAUUUCUCAUCUUUGCUCAGGUCAGGGUACUCUCAAAUAUGAAAGGCUUCCGGGAAAGGAGCAUCCUUCAGGACUUGACGAGGGUCUGGAGUUCAGUUGUGCAGCUCUAGGCUGCUGGCGAGACGGUGUUCCCUCCCUGACUGUAGGACUGUCCCCCAGUGUUGGAGGUGGUGGCUCCGGAUGGGACUGUCUGUAGAAGUGAUCACACCUGCAAACAAGCACAGUCAGAGUGAAAUCUGGAUUCUGAAUUCCCACAGCUGGACCGGAGAUGUGCUCUGUACCAUAGUUCCAGUUUCUAGCACAUGAAGUGGCACUUGAAUAUUUAGUCUGUAAAUCUUUUAUUGAAAGAAUGAAUGCAGUAAGUGCCACCUUCUGCAGGCAUUUACGUGGAAGCUAUAAAAAUGAAUGAGAUGCAGAUGCUAACCUCCAGGUGCCAACAGUUGAGCUCUGAGGGCCCAGAUAACUAAACACCCACUUUGCUGAAGGCAUCCAGGGUGAAGAUUCCUCCAACACCUCCUCCUCUCCAAGUGGAUAUUGAGCUGACGUUUCUGAUUCAUCACGUUCCACCUAAAGUGUUCUCCUGCUCCUGGUUGAUGCUGCCAGCUUUCCCCACGAGCUGGGUUAUCUUGGAGCCCUGCGUUUCCUUUCCUCUACACCCACGGCCAAGUCCUGUUGAUGUUACCUUCCCAGUAUCUCUCACAUGCCUGUUGCUUCCUCCCCAAACAGCCUCAUAUCCUCAGCAUCUUCCUGCUGCUCAUUUCUUUCCCCUCCAGUGUCCUCUGCAUUGAUAUCACGGCACUUCAAAACCCUCACGUUAUGUUCAAAUAAAGCCCAAAUACCAUAGGCUUUAUCUGCAUGUAAAUAAAGGCCCCUUCAAUCUGGUGUCAACUAACUUUUCCAUUCUUUCUAAUUUUUGUUGUUGUUCAGUUGCUAAGUUGUGUCCAACUCUUUGCAACCCCACGGAUUACAGCACGCCAGGCUUCCCCCUCCUUCACUACCUCUUGGAAUUUGUUCAGACUCAGGUUCAUUGAGUCAGUGAUGCCAUCCAACCAUCUCAUCCUCUGUCACCCCUUUCUCCUUCUGUCCUCAGUCUUUCCCAGCAUCAGGGUCUUUCCCAAUGAGUCAGCUCUUUGCAUCACGUGGUCAGAGUAUCGGAGCUUCAGCUUCAGCAUCAGUCCUUCCAGUGAAUAUUCAGGGUUGAUUUCUUUUAGGAUUGACUGGUUUGAUUUCCUUGCAGUCCAAGGGACUCUCAAGAGUCUUCUCCAGAACCACAGUUCAAAACCAUCAAUUCUUUGGCCCUCAGUCUUCUUUAUGUUCCAACUCUCACAUCUGAUUUUGAUCCAACAUAAAUCUUCACCCCCAAGCAGCCUAGAACCCAACCACAAAAGACCACACUGGUCCUUUUCCAGACACCCUUCUCCCAGUCUCCUCUGGUCCUUUGUCAUGCUGGGCCUUCUACUCCUUAACCUGCAGCCCCUAGCUGAAGCACCAGCACCUUCAGGAAGGCACCCACAACCUGUACAUUAGGAGAACAGUCUCUCUGGUGCCCAGGCACUCUGCUUGUCCCCUCUGAAAUAGCAUUUGUCAUCUUCCUGUGUCUUGUAGUUGCACCCGUGGAUGUCUGAUCUCCCUGCCCCAUCACACUGCAAACUCCCGGAUGGCAGGAACCUGGCCCUGCACCUGCCAAGCAGGGCCCUGGUGUCCUGUCACUGUACUGGGUGUGGGGAAAGAGUGACAGCUGCCGUCCGCCUUCUGACGUGCUUCGGGGCGGCUGGGACCCUGUGACACAUUCCACCUCGUUUGCCCCAGCCUGCUUCUUUAUCAGUACUAACUUUUCUUUGCUAGUCUCCACUCUCAGAGCACACUGCUUAUCUCUCUCUGUGGCAGUGGCUUACCUUGCCCAUCCUUUUUAUUUAGUGGUACACUGCCUGUUUCUUACAAUAACCCAGAGCUUCACAUCAAAGGACGUAGAUGAAAACCACCCUCUAAGCUUUCCCCUACCCCACAGACCUGAUCCCAACCUGUGAGCCUGAUUCACUCUGGAGUAGGGCGUUUGGAAAAGCUCCCUAGGUGAUUCUGACAUGCACCCCAGUCAAGAACAUUUGGCUCCAACUCCUUGAAAAUGGGAAUACCAGAGACUUCCACCGUCCCCUGAGCAAGACUUUGCACCCAGCAGGCAUUCAACACAUGCUUGUUGAAUCUGCCUGCCAAUGCAAGAGACACGGGUUUGAUCCCUGGGUCAGAAAGAUCUCAUGGGGAAGGAAAUGACUACCCACUCCAGUAUUCUUGCCUGGGAAAUCCCAUGGACAGAGGAGCCUGGCGGGCUACAGUCCACGGGGUCGCAAAGAGUCAGACACGACAUAGCAACUAAACAACAGUAUAGCCCUCAUCUAGAGCCUAGAGAGUUUAUACAGCAUUUUCCCCUCAAGUUCCUGCUGCAGUUUCAGUGAUCUCUUUGCCACUGGGCAACCAGUCUUGAAGGAGUUUGACCUGACUGGGGAAUACUGAGGGUCUAGUUUUUAGAAUUAGGCCUGUAGCAUCUGUUGGGGAGGGCUGGCUGGUGCAGGUGUAAAGGGAUAAAACUCCUGCGGACUUGCUAAUCAAUUGGCGGGGCCAUCACUCACCAUGGAAGAAAGGAAGAGCAGAAGGAAGGAGACAGAUAGCUAUGGGGGCAAAGCUAAGCCUAUGAGCUUCUGGUCAGGCCCAUCAUCCCGCACUCCUUCAAGCUGGUGUUAUUAAAACUGUAUUCAAAUUCUGUUCCGAGGGCGGACUGAGCCCAGGGAGCAGAAGGGCAGAGGCCUCCAUCACCCACCUACUUCGCCAAACCAGAGCUGGUUUUGAGCCCACUCUUCUUAGAAGGCAGGUUUGGGGAUCUUGUAUCACUGCUGAGCACAGCCUUUGAGAACCUUACUCCAUGGUCUCCUCAGCCCAUCCCAUUCCUUCAUAUCCCAAGAUACUCCUCUAAGUAUUCCUUUCAACACAUACAGCCAUAUCCCUGGGAGCACUUCAUCAGUACAAUCAUGUUUGUCUCUUUGCAUUUCUAGUGAUGUUUUGGACCCUCCAGUAGACUAGGGUAAUCUUUAAUCCAGAGUCUCCUCCAAAUCUAGCUCCUAGAGAAUCCAAGGGAAGAGGCACACAGAGAGAGAGAGAGAGAGAGAGAGAGAGAGAAAUGAAUGGUAAGACAGAGGGGCAUCCAUCCUAUCAGAAAGGGAACCUGGGUUGGACUGCUGAAGGAAGCAUCCCACAAGCUGCAACCCAGUGACCACACUCCACAUUCACUGACCACACUCUUCAUGGACAACAACCUCCUCCUUUCCCCUCCCUCUACCACUGAAACCACAAUUGAACCUCAGCUGGGCCACUGUAGGCCUGUCCCUUCUUAUCCAGUCAAAUAAAAGAUGCCCUGGACCCAGGGCUGCAGACCUCCUGGAUUCCUGGAGCAUUAAAAACCCACAACAGCUCCAAGGGUAGAAACUCCUCACAGCAUUUCCACCUCCUCCCUCUCUUGGACAAAAUCAGCAAGAGAGAAACCGUGCUGAUCUCUAAAUAGGAACAUGCCUCAAGCCCAGUGCAGCCCCAGACCUCAGAUGACCCCAGGUGACCCCAGCCAGAGUGGAGGUUCCUUGAGGGCAUGGACCCCAUUGUGCAUGUCUAGAACCUCCCUCAGUGCCUGGCAGUGUUUGCGGUUGGUUAAGUGGAUAGGAGAUCAUCUUUUUAGCUUUUUUCCACAUUUGUUUCUUCUUCCUGCACUUGCUUACAUCUUCCACUCAACAACAGGCACCACCCAAUGGGCUUCCCAUGAACUCUUCUCUUGGGCUCACCAGCCCAGACAGUGCCUGGUUUGUUGAAUGCAUGGCUUUCAUUUGUGAAACUUGCCUGUGACAGGACAAAUAUGAAUUACUCUUAAAAAUCAUCUCAUAAAAUAUAGAAACCAUCACUGUAUCAUAUAUGCAAAUAAAAGAUUAGCAUGUACUGACUUA